AUGAAAGUAUUUACGGUUGGGAUGGACGAAAAACCAACGACCAAGGAUAAUCCAGUAUCUCCUGAUGGAGUUACCGUGGCAUCAACACCGAUUAUUACAUUCGAAAAAAAGCGAACUUCAUAUAAGAAUUAUGUGAUGUGCUUGGGAAUGCUAUUCUUUAUCCUUUUGUUUACAAUUAUUGUCAGCAAAUUGGUCUACUAUAGAAUACCCGAUGAUUUGGGAUUACCAUGGUUUGAAUUGAAACGUCGAAUAGGAGUGGGAUGUGACGACUGUAUGAGUACUCGUAUAAUUCAAUCUUUUUAUCCACAACGAUCUUCAAGAGUUUUUGAAAGUUCAAAUAAUGCAGCACCACCAGCGGCAUUAGCAAUGCAGGCAGGACAAUUUCAAACAAAUGGAGAGGACUUAUCAACAUCACAGCAUUUCGAAUCGGAGUCAUCAAUCGACCUACCACAAGUUACAGAUUCUCGUCUUGACUUUUUGCGUAAAAUUAUUCCAAAAAUCAAGGAGCAAGCAGAAAAAUCUGGCAUUGAAGGCGUCAUGCAGGUGAAGGUGUUACAAAUGGAUUCAUUCAAGCCAAAACAGUUGCUCGACCGGUCAGAUGAAAAUCAACUGCAAUCAGGAAUCAAUGCGAUACAGUCGCCUGAUUUCAUGGCACCUUUCCGUCCUACUCUAUUGUCUGACCUUUUGCGCUGGAAUACUGUUGACAACGAUGAAAGUCAAACAUUGAGAAAUCAAUUUUUCGGAUCACAGCAGGAUGAUAUAGCUAAGAGUGGACGGAUGCUUAUACUGGGACCGUUCUUGCAACCACAGCAACUAUCAUUAUUACCUGGCUCCUGGGAUAACAACAAUAAUAUAGCUUGGAGCAAUUCACUGCAACCUCGUCUGUUUGACUUGUCCCAACAGAUCAGCAAACAACAACAGUGGAAUAACCUUUGGCAGUGGCCUAUUCCCAUCUACAACAAGAACAGUAAUGAAAAACUUACUCAAUGGCAGAAUAUGCAAUGGUCAAAUAAUCAUCUGCUCACACCUGCAGUGCAACAAAACCCUUCACCUGUAUGGGAAAAUGGUAAUCGAUGGCAAGAUAAUGUUCAGGUGGGAAGUAACUGGCAAAAUAGUAUUCAGAAUGGAGCAAAUAAUAAUCGGUGGCUACAAAAUGAAUGGCAGGGACAAGGACAACAGCAGCAGUUUUGGUCUCAGUAUCCCCAAACAUGGCAAGCAAGUGUGAAUCAGAACAACAAUGAUUGGAACACUCAGAGAGCAAAUAUUGUAGAUAAUUUGGAUGAACGAAUGAUUCAGGCUGUUUUGCCAAAUGAUAACAACAAUCUUUAUAACAAUGCAAAUGACCAAUGGAAUCGAUACUACAUCCAAUGGCACACCAAUAACCAACGGUUGCGACAGCAGCCGAUUGCGAACAAUGUUGUUAGCCAAUCACUUGAAAUAACGGAACCUGUACCGCCGCGACAGAUUCAAGAUCAAAGUCUUGGACAGCAGCAAUCUCAAAUAGCAGAUUCGCUGCAAAGCCAAACAGUUCUAGAGCAGCAAAUUGAAUCUCUAUCUCCUCAGGCCCAACAACAAAAACAACAACCGCAACCAAUAGGACAAUUCCCUAAUAAGCCGAUUCAGCCACAGAUCAAUACAAUUCCAAACGAAGCUUUCCGUCAAAAUCCAAGUGUACCAGUUGCUCCCAAUGAAUCAGAUGAUAAUGUACCCCAGACAAUUGCACCAUUUAUUUUUAACAAUGAUGACUGGAAAAAGAUUGAAAAUCCUAAUCUUUUAGUCAGACCAAUAAGUGACAAUCAAGAGCACCUACAAUUGCCGCAUCCACAACGACCACAAUUAUCGAUUCACCCAAUUGAGAAUGUGCUAAUUGACAGCAGCGGUGACACUAAAAUGACUGAUGAUGAACUCAAUAAAGUCCCAAUUGUGGAGCAAACAGGACCAAUGAAUGAUAUCAGUCGCGGUUUAUCAAAUCCAGUACUAUUUCAAGUUGAUGAGCCACCACCAAAAUCCGCUAAUAUGGAUGAAAGUUUCGCCAAAUAA